UCCGUGCGGGGCAGCCAGCAAACGAUCCGCGCCGCGUCGCGCUCUGCGUAGAGCUGUCCGCGCUCUCGCAGCGGCGCAGCCGCCGCUCCUCGCCCGCAGCCCAGCAGAACUUCCCGUCCCGCAGAGGCCGGGACAGCACUGCGCGGGCACUGCCUUGCCCCGCCGGGCUCUUCCUGAGGUGGGCGGCGGGCGAUGCCUCUUCCCGCCGGGUGCCUGGCUCCCGGGGCGCGGCGGCGGCGCUCAGCGGCGGCCCCUGCCCCUGCUGCCUGCUCGGGCACGCCGAAAGCAGGUUUGACUGUAGGUACUAAAGCAGGGAUCAACGGCGCAUAAAGAUGCUGAAGGGUGUUUGGUUGCUCAGUUUGUUAACAGUGGCUGGGAUCUCGCAGAUAGAAAGUCGCAAACCUGCCAAAGACAUUUGCAGCAAGAGCCGCUGCCCUUGCGAGGAGAAGGAGAACGUACUAAACAUUAAUUGUGAAAACAAAGGAUUUACAACCAUCAGCCUCCUCCUGCCACCACCAUCCAAGAUCUACCAGCUUUUCCUCAAUGGGAACGCGCUGACCCGCCUGUUCCCCAAUGAGUUUGUCAACUACUCCAACGCUGUAACCCUCCACUUAGGCAAUAACGACAUGCAGGAGAUCCACACCGGGGCCUUCAGUGGCCUCCGCACCCUCAAAAGGUUGCACCUCAAUAACAACAAGCUGGAAGUGCUGAAGGAGGAUACAUUCCUGGGGUUGGAGAGCCUGGAGUACCUGCAAGCUGAUUACAACUACAUCAGUGCCAUUGAGGCAGGGGCCUUCAACAAGCUGAACAAGCUCAAAGUGUUGAUUCUCAAUGACAACCUCCUGCUGUCCCUGCCCAGCAAUGUCUUCCGCUUUGUGCUCCUUACCCACCUGGACCUGCGGGGGAACCGGCUGAAGAUGAUGCCUUUUGCUGGUGUGCUGGAGCACAUUGGAGGCAUCAUGGAAAUCCAACUGGAAGAGAACCCCUGGAACUGCACUUGCGAUUUGCUGCCACUUAAGGCCUGGCUGGACACAAUCACCGUGUUUGUGGGUGAGAUAGUCUGUGAAACCCCUUUCAGGCUACAUGGGAAAGAUGUGACUCAGCUCACGAGGCAAGAUCUCUGCCCUAGGAAAAGCUCCAGUGAUUCAAACCAGAGGGAAAAGCACCCUGUCAUCUCAGACCCACAUGUCUCAAAGUUAUUGCCCACAGCCAACUCUGCCAUCAGUCCCACCAGAGCCCCAAAAGCCAGCCGCCCCCCCAAAGCCAGGAAUCGCCCCACACCCCGUGUCACUGUGUCAAAAGAUAGACAAAUAUUUGGACCUAUCAUGGUUUACCAGACAAAGUCUCCUGUGCCCAUCACCUGCCCAGAUGGCUGCAUCUGUACUUCGCAGAGCUCAGACAAUGGAUUAAAUGUGAACUGUCAAGAGAAAAAGAUUAAUAAUAUCUCUGAACUCCACCCUAAGCCAAACACUCCAAAGAAACUUUACCUUACCAGUAACUAUCUGCAAGUCAUUUAUAGAGCCGAUCUAGCAGAAUACAGCUCUCUGGAUUUGUUACAUCUAGGAAACAACAGAAUUGCAGCGAUACAAGAAGGUGCCUUUACAAACCUCACAAGUUUACGCAGACUUUACCUUAAUGGCAACUACCUUGAGAUUCUGUACCCUUCUAUGUUUGAUGGGCUGCAUAGCCUGCAAUAUCUCUACCUAGAGUACAAUGUCAUUAAGGAGAUCCUGCCACAUACCUUUGAUGCUCUUAGUAAUCUUCAUCUGUUAUUUCUCAACAACAACCUGCUCAGAUCCCUGCCUGACAAUGUCUUCGGUGGCACUUCCCUCACCAGACUCAACCUAAGAAACAACCAUUUCUCACACUUGCCUGUGAGAGGAGUCUUAGACCGGCUGUCAGCUCUAAUUCAGAUCGACCUCCAGGAGAACCCCUGGGACUGCACAUGUGACAUUAUGGGGCUGAGGAACUGGAUUGAGCAAGUCACUGAUCAAAACAGUCAGCAGUCAAAUCCCCCUGUUGUUAUCAAUGAAGUCAUAUGCGAAUCUCCGACCAAACACUCCGGAGAGCAUUUAAAAUUCCUGAGCAAAGAAGCCAUCUGCCCAGAGAACCCCAACUUGUCAGAGUCAUCUCUCCUGCCCAUGAAUCAGAACACAGAUAUGCCCCAUCUCCUUGGUAUCUCUCCCAGCUCCUAUCCGGAAAUACACACGGAAGUUCCACUCUCUGUCUUAAUUUUAGGCUUGUUGGUUGUGUUUAUUUUGUCAGUCUGUUUUGGGGCUGGUCUGUUUGUCUUUGUUCUCAAGCGCCGGAAAGGGGUGCAAAGCAUGCCCAGCAGUGCAAACAAUUUAGAUAUCAGUUCAUUUCAGCUGCAGUACGGGUCUUACAACACUGAGACCCACGAUAAAACCGAAGGACAUGUUUAUAACUACAUUACCCCUCCUGUUGGACAGAUGUGCCAAAACCCAAUCUACAUGCAAAAGGAAGGGGAUCCAGUUGCCUAUUACAGAAAUCUCCAUGAGUUUAGCUAUAGCAGUCUUGACCACAAGAAGGAAGAUCCCACCAGCCUUGCAUUUACAAUCACUGCAGCUGAAUUACUGGAAAAGCAGUCCUCACAACGGGAACCAGAGCUGCUAUAUCAAAAUAUUGCAGAAAGGGUCAAGGAACUCCCCACUGGAGGAUUAAUUCACUAUAAUUUUUGCACCUUACCCAAAAGGCAGUUUGCCCCUUCAUAUGAAUCAAGACGCCAAAACCAGGACAGGAUAAAUAAAACUGUUUUGUAUGGAACUCCCAGGAAAUAUUUUGCAGAACAAUCUAAACCAGAGCAUCCUUUACUCCAAGGAAAGCUACAAACAGAACCAGACUACCUCGAAGUUCUGGAAAAACAAACUGCGAUCAGUCAGCUGUGAGGGGGGCAUUGGGAGAAAAAGAAAGAUUGUUAAAUGAGCUCAACAUCACAUUUGAUUGAUUCUGAACUCAGUGCUGAUGUCAUCUUUCGCAUUCCAAACAUUUUCACUUUGUAAAUUAGGAAGUGAGAGAGAGAAAUCAAACCCUUACUGCAUAACAUGGACAUUAUGUUGCUUUUGCAAUAUUUCCUUUAAGUUAUUUCUAUCUCUCUCUCCUUUUGACCUUUCUGUAGUAACUGUCAUUGCAAAUAUAUGUUUCUGUAAUAGAUCUUUCAUAAUUCUUGUUGAUUUGGAAGGAAAUGAGGAAGAGAGUCUUUCGUUUUUUUUUUUUUUUUCUGUUUUGUUUUGUUGUUGUUGUUUUGUUUUGUUUUAUUUUUCAUUUUGAGGUGGAAGCUUAAUGUGGCACGUAGAAGAUCUCCAAAGAUCUUUUUCCUGGACUCUUGACUUUCUUUUGUAAAUAAUAAUAUACAGUACAAUUACCAUGUUUAGCCACUGGGAGUCACUGUCUUGUGUUAAAGUGCCUUUGCACUUUAAGUACAUUAUUACUUAAUUUUUGCUCUUAGCUUUGAUAAAUUGAACCUAUUUUAAUGUGUUGUAUUUUUGAAUUAAAAAAUAAAUACCUUGUAAAAUGGACUUAUAUGUCAGCUGCUUUAAAUCAGAAGCUUUGAUUUAUAGAAAAGCUACACUUCUUUAAAUGAAUCUAGUUCUAGGGCCAUAGAGACUAAACUGUAAUUUAUUGAGAAUAUAUAUAUUUAUUUUUCCCCUCUGGGUUUAUUUAAUGCAACUCACUGAAAUCAGCUGAGGAUUUAACAAUGGACAGCUAAAUGUAACAGCUCACUGAUAAAAGACGUUUAACCAAGCAAUUAGUGUCCUUAAUUUAUUGCACUGCAGUUCUAACACAGUAAUGUUCAGAGGUUUAAGAUUAUUUUCUUAUUUAAGAAGGCAUUACUCACAAAAUUUAUGCAUUGAAUUGGGUAUUUUUAUAUAUUAUAUGACAGUUGAUAUUUGUAAUUUGACUGAAACUAAAAUGUCCUGCUUCAAGAUACAGCUCUCUUUUUUUUUCUUUCUUUUUUUUUUUUUUUUUUUUUUUUGGCAGGGACACCAGCAGGGGUCAUCCCAUGCCUCAUUAAUUUUGUUAACAUACAGGCAAAUGAAUCAACACCAAAACUAAAAUAUGAACCUAAGUCUCUCCAUCCCUCCAAAUUAAGGUAGCAGAGCUCAGCAAUGUGCAUCAUACUAACUUUCGGUUGUCUGAAUUGUGUCAAAUUUUCUGUCUCUAAAGCAGAAGUAAUACUGCAGUAAUUCUAAUCUCCUAGGAAACAUUUAAAUCCAUUAUCUUAAAUUUUAUAAAAUGCUUUAAGUUAACUGCAUUCACUUGGCAUUCAUUUUCUUAGAGCCAUCGGUGCACAAAUGCAGUAUGUCUUCUCCUUUCCCAUUAACUCAGGCCUGUUUUACUUCAACCUUUGCCUUAUCACCUUCAAUUUACAUUACCUUCCUGGAGGAUAUUGAACUCAUUUUUAUUAACAAGUCAAAAUUUAUUGCACCUUAUUAGCUUCUAAAUAAUUUUUAGAUGCAAACAGUAUUGUGUGAUUUAAACAAACAGCCCUUAUUUGCAACAAAACCAGUUUUGUCUAUUGUAAAUCCUUAUGCAACUGGGAUGGUGAUCUGCAUAUAAAGUAGGCCAUGCUUUUCAAUUCCUUAUUAAAGCAAUUGAUGGAGUCUGAAAGAAGCACACUGUUUCCUUCUCAUAAAUAGGUUACUGCACAUAAUAAUCCUUUAUUAUCCUGCAGAGAUUGAAGUGGCCUCUGCUGACUGAUUUUUAGAGCUUUACUAUAGUUAGAAAUACAGUAUGUACAGCCUGAGAAAUUUUCAGCGAUAGCAUUUGAGCUAUAAAUGACUACAAUCAAUGUUGUUCUAAUGAAGACUGCCAAAAGGAAGUCACUUUAUGUAUAUAAAGAACUAGAGAGGCUUUCAGUGUGCAUUGCCAGAUAUCUGAGUCAUUCAGCAAACUGUCUUCUAAUGAUUGAUGUGACAUCUGAGUACAUUACCAUGCUAACAUGUCAGUUCUUUAUGCUCCAAGCCCAUAGCAUCUAUGGCUGUCCAUUAGGUCAGGUUUAAAACUGAAGUGCCACAAUGAAGUACGGAAGAAACAGUCUUCAAAAUCGUCUCACUUCAAGAAGUUGAAAUGGUAUCACAUUAGAUGAAUUGAGAACAUUUUGACUAAAAUAUCAUCCAUCUUUGAGUGAGGCAUUUGUCUGAAAUGUGGCCAUUCUGUUAUGGCUCCUUUCCCUGUGUGCUUAAAAGCAUUUACUGCUUAGAAAAGUAGAAGGAUGAUUUUAAAGCAUUUUACGCUAUUAACUCUUUCCAUAUAUGAUUCUAGUAUUGCCUGAAAAACAAGUAGUGCUAUAUCUGGCACUAUAGCAGCUAGCAUAUUAUUGUCUGCUGCUCUUUAGCAUACCAGAACCAAUUACAGGGUUUGGCUUUUUGCUCAGAUUUUUUUUUUUUUUCCUACAAAAAUAAGCUUUCAGUUUUAUAUUACUUUUGAACAACAGACAGAGAUAUUUGAUUUGCUUAGUAACUUCGUUUAUUUUGUUUACUCGUUUGAACCUGACUAUUUUUCAUGCUUAUUUGGGAACACAGCAAUAUUUUACACAGGUUGCAGUUGCUUUACACUGCCUUUUCUGUUGGGAUUUCCUUAGUGACUUGAUUUUGUUUUGCAUCAUCAUUACCAACUUAAAAAUCAUUAUAGCUUUAGAUCCUCUGUGUUUGGUUUUAUAUUCUCCAGCUGAUGUCUAUGAAAUAAUUGUUUUCAGAAGGUGUAUAGGUGACAGAUUUCUUUUCAGUUAUGCUUAAAGAGAUUGGUUUAACAGGGAAAGUGUGUUGGCAGCUUCUGCCCAGAAGGGCUCUACAUUUCUUUUGCUGUGCAGUCCUGUAAUCUGCUGCUUGUUAUGGGAAUGCGGUUUGCCUGAGUAAUGGCGCAAUAAUGAGUGAAACAAAUUUCCUUCAUAGCUUGAAAGUUUAAGCUGUGAAAAAUUAUGUAACCUGUGGUUGUUUUUUGUUUGUUUGUUUGGUUGGUUGGUUGGUUCAUUUUUUUUUUACCCAAGGAAAAUAGGAUGCAAAUUUUUUCGUCCUUCCUUUUCAUUUGUGAGAGUACAUAAAACAGUCUUUACAGAAACUAUGACAGUGCCAAAUGAAGCAGUAUGAAAACUGCAUAGUUAUCUUGAGAGCAAAUAAGGGAUAGUAUACAUCCAAUGCAUGAAUACACUUUUGAGAAGGACAUCAUUCUAUAUAAGUAUGAAGUAAAGCUUGACAAAGUACAGUCUUAGAAACCGGAUUUCAAUAAGUGACUUCAGUUGUAAAGUGGAAACAGAUGCUAACCUUACACUACCAGUACUCAAACUGCCCCAUGUUUCCUAGGCAGACAUCUGUCUCCUAAGACAAUUACGUGGUUUUGCCAGUAGUAGAGCACACCUAGAGGAUGGCACAUUAAUUGCCUUUUUCUGCUGACAAAGCAAGUGCUACUUUUUUCUAACCUGCAGGUCUACUGCAAAACCAAAUGCCGCUUGGGAGACCUCUUUCUUUCAGUCUCCCUUUCCCAACAGAUUUAAUCCUUUCACAUCCAGCAUUUGCUCAUUUCCUCCCUCACUUCUGAUUUCUGUACUUCACAAGUCCUCAAAGUGUAGUACACCAACCUUCCCUCUCACUGUCCAUCUGGGUGCUUUUCUUUUCUUCCUCAGUUAGCUCUAGAAGAACUGUUUCAGUGUUGAAGGGAAUUAAAGACCCUACUCCAUUGGGAGCCCUUACCUCUUCCCAUAGCUAUUAAAAUUCAGAAUUAAAGUAGUUGUUUUAGGGUCUCUAGAGUCAAUAAAAAAAACCCAGGCCAUUCAAAUGCGACUUAUUCCCUCCCAAAAUAUAUAGCACAAACUGAGCUUCAAAUACACCUGCUUUUCAACUUUAGCUGUCUGGGGAUUAUAAAUUGAGUAUUUAUUAGAUGGCUAUAAUUCCUUCACAGAUUUAGCUUUUAGCCAGUGAGCUUGAUCAUUUUCUAGCAUUUCCACGUAUUAUUCUAAUGAGCAAGACAUUUUCAUACUGUCUAUGAUAGAAAUGUUCCCAGUGCAGUUUGGUCAGUGCCUUGUUUCAGUCAAAGGAACUGGCUUUUAAUAGCACAUUUGUGCUGAUAGGCAAUUACAUUGUGUGGUUUAUUUAGUUUUCUUUUUCUUCCCAUUUUCUAUCUACUUUCGAGUUUGUGAAAUGAAAAUCAAACUUUAAAAAAGUUAGCAGCUGUAAUUAGUGGUGUCAGUGUAAGUAUACCAGCAAGUUAAAUUGCCCAAAUGUAAGUCUUCUUGUAUACGAAUACAAAUGCCAUAAUUUUGAACUGCUCAUGAGUGAAAUGAGAUACUGGAAAUGUUAAUGAAACUAUUUAGGCUCUUGCAGGCUAAUCACUGGUACAGUUUAUGAUUUUUCAUAUUAGCGUUCUUGUAGACAGUAAAUGCCACUUAAUAGAGACAAAAGAAAAAAACUAUUUCCCAAAGCUCCCCCCCAGAAAACCUGUACAUCUCCCAGACCAACAGAUAAAUUAACUUAUGCAGAUGAUAUGACAUUUCUUGAAUUUUUCCCCUCAGUUUUUCAAAGUAGUCUGUAGGAGAAGUACAAAGUUAUUCUUUCAUCAGAGGAUCAUUAAGUCCUUUGUGGUUAUUGAUCUCAUAGCUUUUCUGGGCACAAGGCCAGUCAUUUUGACCAAAGUUCUUAAUCCCAGCUAAUGAGGGAGAUGGUUAAUGAGAUGGUUGUUUUUGUUGUUGGAGUGUUGGUUGGAUUUUCUGAGGUUGCAGAUUAACAUAUUUAUGAAUACAGAUGAAUAGAUCAUUUGGAAUGAAAGACAUGUUGAAGCUACAAUUGAAGAACCAACCAUUCUAAAGAUCAAAUGGAUUCAAGAGUAUGAGAGAAGUCUGAAAAACAAGAUGAUAGAAUUAGUUUUCUUCCUGAGAUCGUAAACAUGGAGGACCCCUAUUUGAGUACAGCAGCAGCUUUUGUUACAUAGUAUUUAAGAUUUAAAGGAGUGAAAUUAGAGGGCAGAUGCAUCUCCAUUAUCUUCAAUGAUGUUCAGGUAACUAAAGCAUUUCGAAUGCGGUUCUCAUCUCUGAUUGUUAGCUUAUUUGUCCAUGCAUCUAAUUAUCAUUGUUAAUGUGCUAUGCUUUCUCAGAGUAAUCAGUGGGAAGCUCAGAAAAGUACAGAUACUUGCAGUCUUUCCAAAUCUUUUUUAUCUAUGUUUUUAAAAUACAGUGGAUGAACAAUUUGUUUAAUUAAUGCAACAGUCUUAUAACUUGAAGGGAUCUUUGCAAAAUCUAACAUUUCAGCAAACUGUUCAAAUCAAUAUAUGUGGUUGAUUACAAAAGAACAACACAUAAUGAUAUUGCCAAUUUUAAAAAGGAAACUGGCAUUAUCAUUUACCAGUUCAGAAAAUUUAUGUUGGUGUUUGCAGCAUGAAGGCAAUUGCACCAACAAUGUGUGUGUGCAGUACGACAUCAGGUUUCUGUAUGGUGGCAGAACAAGUAUAGAUUUCUGUCUUAGCAACACAGAUUUCUUGUAUCUUCUUUUUGCAUUGCUCCUGAGAGCCAGAAGUGCUAGGCACCAAUUAUCUUCUGUGUAGGAGGCAGUAGGCAGUACAGCCAUUUUAAGAAUGCUGUCUGCAUUGGAAAAGGCACUGCUAAUGUAUAUAGACCUGUUGCAAUUAUCUCCUCUUGAGAGAAGAGCUAUUUUAGUACAAAAGAUUAGAACAUAAUCCGCCUGAAAUCACUGGUAAUAUGUCAGAACCUAUUUUAAGACAUCUUGAUUUUUGUUUUGAGAGGGAGAGGUGUUGGAGUUGAGGCAGAUUUUUCCAGUGUUAUAUAUUUUUUUCAUUUCUCCACGUAUUUUUUGACUGACUUCAGUCUAUGCCAGCCUCUUAUCUGGACAGCUAAAAUCAAUAGAAAAAAAAUUGAGAACUGUGAAAAUGCAGUGACUAUGUAAAUUCUCUUCUAAUCACAGAAGAGCAAUAUAAUAACAAAGCAAGAUUGUCACAGGUUUUUAAAGGUUUUAAACUGGGCGACUGGGCAAUUCAGGUGUAAAUGCAGAUUACCUUUCUUCGCUUUGCACCUGAAUGGCCUCAAGCGAAUUCCUCCAGGACUGGUAUUAGUGACAAGAAUCUCACCUAACACAGGCGGUCUCUUCAGCGCCAGUGGGAGAAGAGAGAGAGAGCCUCUUUUGUCUUAUUACAUAAAAUGCCAUCUCGGGGUCUUUCAGCCUGCAUCAUUCACAUAAAUCUGAAGUCAGCAUACUCCCAGUUUGUGCCUGAGUCACUAGUAUCAGAUUUUCAGUAGUUUGAGUAUGGUGAGAUGUUGGUGAAAAACCCAUUUAUGUGGCCAACAUCCUAAACGCAAUCAUCUCCCAUUCUCCUGGGAGGGAAAGGUUUUGUUUGGAAGAUCAAGUUUGUCAUAUGUCUGCUAAAUUUUACAACUAGAGUAUUCCUUAUUGUAUUCUUGCUGAGCAGGAAAAUGGUAUGUAUUUAGUUAAGUCUUCGUUUUCGUUAUCUUCUUUCACAAGUAGCCAAGUUCCUCCGUACUGGGGCAGUUGGGACUUGAACUGCUCGGUAGUUUCAGAAACUCAGCAAUCCACUCUAGUGAGCAAAGCCUUGGCUAAACCUUACUGCUCUCCUCACAUCUGUUGUGCUCUGCUGAGUACUCAUCUCUUCACAUGUAUUCCAGCUUGAAACACAGAAACAUCAAUAAAUUUCUAUGGAAAACUUAAAAACAUUGAGCUAACAUAUUUAAAAUACAGAAGAGUGGGGAUAAUAGGCCAGAAAAAGCACUUCAGAUUUUCUGUGCUUUUUCCAAAGGUUUUAGGGAGGCUUAUUACAAAUACAAAUGAGUCAAAAGGAAAUCUAACAAUACAUCUGUGUGAAUUCUAUGUGUAUUUCUAUGCCAGAAUGAGUUAUUAGGAGGAGAUAGACAGUAAUGGUCUUAACUAUCAUGAUAUUUAAAUGAGACUCCCAGAAAGACGAGAACUUCAGCACUGAUCCUUUGAACAGUUUGAUGCAAGUGCCUAUUGGCUGUGGAACUUCUGGAGAGAAAUAGCCAUUAUCAAAUAUGCUGGACAGUUCUCUUGUAUAGCUGAGAAACCAAAGCCUAAAGUUAUACAAAAUUGAUGCAACUCAGUCAUAUGCAUGGCUUAUGUGAAAAGACAAUAAUAAGAGUGGAAAUGUGUCACUCCUUAGUUGGAAGUGUAGUUUCCGGUUUUUGAUUUCUGAGACCUUAUUUACCAUCCCUUCUAUUUUAUAAACUACUUACCAGAACUGAGUGCAUAAUUCUUAAUUAUUAAUGUGGCCUCUUUUUUCAUUAAUCAGUACUUUAAAAUUUGUUUGCUGGUGGUUUAUGUUUUCCUUGGCUUCCUGUUGUCCUCCAAAUAAUGUGUGGGAAUGAUACCUAGCUGAAGAGUGCUAAUGGAUGAUUCAUAGUGGGUACCUAAAAUUGAACUAUUUUGUUCAUAUUACUGCAUUAAUCUAUUUUCACUACAUACUGAGGCAGUGAGCCUGCUUAAGAGAUCAUUGGCUGGGAAUUUAGAAAUUAAUGUUCUCUUUUCAGUUCUGCCAAUGAUCUCGAAAAACGCCUACCUGCGUAUCCAUGCUUUAAAGAGUGGGAUGAUGUUUCUUGUCUUAGUCUAGUGAGAUUUACUGAUGAAAAUGCUAAGUGUAAUUGUUUUUCAAAACAAGUGAUUAUAGCUUGUAGCUUUAUCCAUAUACAGUGGUAGUAUUUCUUCUUUCCUUGCCAUCUGUUACUCUAUGAAUGUGAUGUAGACACAAAAUUUCAGAUUUUGCUUAGUUUUCUGUUUUACAAAAAAGAAACAGCAAAAAUUAUUUAGUACAGAAAAAAUUAUUCACUUCAUAUGAAGAGACGCAAAUGAAAUGAGGAAAAAUAUAGUUUGUUCUUAUACUUCCAAAUAUGCAUGGAAUCCUAUCUCCUAAAUUUCUAUGUAUUCAAUCAUAUUAUUUGUGCUUCUACUCAAUGGAAUCCUUUCAGCAAUAUUUCUUAACAUACCAGUUAUUUUUCACUUUUUUUUUUCACAUGAAGUCAAUUUGACUGUUGCAGACAAUUUUUAUGCUAGCAAGAGAGCCAAAAGAGGCUCUAAGUGGCAGACAGCUGCUGAAAUAAGAACCUGACAGUCAGGGGAAAGAAUAUUCAUUCAUUCAUUCAUUUCUGUCUCUUUCCUGUGUUAUAUACUGUCUCCUUUUUUCUACUCCAUAAUUAUAUGUAAUUAUUCUCUUGCCCACUAAAUAUAGGAUAUAAAAAUGUUUUCCAUAUUAGAGCCCAACUACAAGACUAUGAAAUCCAACUAUUUGUGUUGUGUUCUCCAGUAAGAAAGACCACAAUUUUCAACAGUCGGUCAUCUAUGACGUGUGGAUGUGUCAUCCCUAGCAGUCUGAGGAUGCUUCUACACAGCAGAGAUCUGAUCUAUGAAUCUAGGACUAAAUGCUCCUAGAAUCUGUGACAUUAUACUCAUUUAAUGCAACUAAGCUAUAAUUUCAUCUCCAUCUUUCAGUUGUGUUUUGAUUACUCUAUUGAAUUCAUCCACUUAUUAGUUGUGUUACUCAGAUAUAUGAUUAGAUUUUGUGUCCAUCCAAGUUUUAGCCCAUUAAGACUGAUACUCUCACUUUUGUUGCUUAUUAUUGAAAUCAAACAUUGUUCCUGGCUUCUAGACCAUAAAUUACAUGGUGAACUUUUUUGCAUUUGAAAAAAGUUCAUUUUUACAUGAACUUUUUUGCAUGGUAAUCCCACACUCACCUUUAUACUUUCAGAUAAUUUGCCAUUGUUUAUAGACCAUUUGUAUAAAACAUACAGCACACUGUACACCAUGAACUGUUUCUGCCCAUUCAGGUGUCCUACAAACCAUUGUGGGCCUGCAGAAGUAUAUCAGAAGCAGUAGCUGGAAUAGUCCUUCAGAGGCUUAUUCUCUGGAAGUUCUGGGAAAAAUCUGGAUUAUGAAAGCAAAUAUUCAAUGAUUCUUUUUGUUAUGUCCAUCUUAGAUAUUUUAGACAUUAACUUUGCUGUCCUAGGAAUAAUAGGUGAUGUUUAAGUUAGCUCCCUAGCUGCUAGGAAGAGUGUCAUGUUAAAUCUAUGUGAAGAAACUGAAGAUGCAGCCACAGUUGUGGAUCUCUAAAACUAAGCAAUCAGCAUUUAUAUUGCUUGUGGACCAGCACUACAGGCAGUAGGUUCUUCACUUUAAUUUCACUGUUUUGUAAGGAAUGCACCUUGCUGCCAUUUUGGAAUUUUUAGUCAGAUCUAAAAAAAAUGAGAGAUCUUUCAGAGUUCACACGUAGUUCUUUUGGGUAUUUAAAUGAAUAAUUUGUGCAAUAAAGCCAGUUUUUAUAUUUAGGUAUUUAGUUAUCUACAAAAAUAUUAAGUAAUACAAAAUAAUGAGAUAGAAAGGCAUAUAUAUGUAUUUUCCAUUUGGUAUUUCUUAUUCUGAAAGAUCAGAAGUGCUUAACAACUCUAACAAAUCCAUUCUGUUACCCUCAGAGUUUAGAUAUAAGUUUCUAAUCAAUGGCAACUGCACUUGUAACAGUAAAUAUACAUUAAAAAAAAAAACCUAGUUAUACAGUUUUGGGACAGGGACAAAGUCACAGUCAGAAAGUCUUUUUUUCCCAUGUCUAGCCAAGCUGUUUCUUCUUCUUUAUGAACAAUACAUUGUCUUCACCUAAAAUAUGUAAUCUUAUUAUCAUAUAAAUAUUUAUGCUAUUUUAGAAUCAGUCUUGGUCUUUUCACAAUAGAUAAGCUUCUUCCUGUUUUACUACAGUUAAAAAAAAUCAAUUUUCUGCAAAUGUUCUGCCAUUGUUUUAUUUAUCCUUUGCUUUUUGGUUUAGUGAAAAACUUGUAAUUAUUUCAACUUAAUCAGACUCUGCUGAGGAAGAUCUAAAGGUCAUAUUUCCCACAUGCUAGGAGUCUGAUCAUUGAAAUUCACUUUUUUCUUUUCUUUUUAUUUCCUUUUAAUAAAGGAAUGUACUGGGGGAAAAGACUCAGGUCAGUCUGGAAUUAUACAAGUGCAAGUCAGGAAUAAUUGAAAAUGGUUUUGAUCACUCUUUGAAAUUCUAGAUUAAGCAGUUUUGCUAAUACUCAAAGAAAUUCACUGGAACUUUUUGAUUUAUUGCACAAUAGGUAGGAAGCUUAUUUUCUUCUUCAUGCUUUUACCCUGUCAAUGGAUAUUUAUUCUAUAAGCAGGACUGACACAAAAAGUCUGAAAUUGUCCACAUUUUUCCCUUUGACCAACAUUCUUUUGGUAAAGUGAGUACCAUAAGGAGAGUGGUGUUAAUCCUCUAUGUUUAGCUUUCAAAAAAUGCCUCACUGAAAGCUGUGAAAACUCUGAGCAAAAUCAGCAAAACUUUUCAGGACUAGCUAGUUUCUUAAGACUUCUGGCUAACAUAUCCAGAACAUUUGCCAUUGUAUGAGAUUCCAAUUUAAUGAUAAACGUAACAGUUGCUUCCAAAUUAAUAUGAAUGUGAAAAUAAUGUGGGCUUUACCCUUAGCUGAAGGAACUCAGUUUAGCAGUGUGGAUUGCAAUGCUGAUUGCAAAGAUGGUUCUCUGAUCUGCUUGAUUUUGUUAAUUAAUCGAGUUAGUUGAAUUGACGAAUUGAAUUUUGUUGCCAGCAGGCUUAGCAGUCUGGCUGGGUAAGAGCCAGGCUGCUUCUGAAAAGAGAUGUAGGGGACAGAAGUAGAAAAGCAACAGAGGAAGCAUAGCCCUAAGCAAAGGUCGUGGCCAUCAGGAAUGUGAGCCCUCACUCCCAUGUAGAGGAAAGCUCCUGCUGCCAAAUGUGCCAUCCCACCUCCCGUAGUGGGGUUUGGUAUAAUCAAAGCAAAUAGUACAGACCUGGCCUUUUCACUUCCUCAAGAACAGCAGGCAGUGCAUAUGCUUCCAACCAAUUACUAUAGGUUGAUAUGUGCCAUUCAAAGCUGCCUCUGUUCUCUUAAACUUGGCAAAUUCGAUAAGAAAUUUAAUAGACAGGUAGAGAUCCCAUGGCUAAGGAAUUCAUUCUGGAGUGCUCUGUUUCAGCUCACUGAAGAACAAGGCACACAGCUCUCCAGGUGUCUCCUUCAGGGGAACACAAGGAGCUUGCUCCUACCCUUGUUGCACUAAAUUGUCACAUGCAAAGAAAAACUACAUCUAAGACACUUCAACAAGGGCACAGAGGAAGAUAAAUGUUAAAGUGGUUAUAGAGAAGGAAGAAUAUUGCUGUUGCAAGCCAGUCUAAUAGGAAAGAUAGAAACUGGAAUCCCAGAUUACAGUCCCUUGAAUGGUAUAUGUUGCAGCUCUGCUUGUGACAAUGGGUACAGCUGCCACUGGCAAAAAAAAAAACAAAAAAACCACAAAUCAGAGGCUUUCUGCAUUUUCCAAAGUGUAUUUUUUUUUAUCACUGCUCAUGCUGAUUUGGAGUUCUCUCAAAUUUACCCACUAAAAAUCUGCCAUGCUGUUCAUGUACAAACAAGGGAAGCAAAAUCUGGCACCACUUUCUUUUUAAGGGACCUAACUGUCUGAACAAAUGAGAUUCCCCUUUUGCUGCUACAUUUGAAGAUACUGGUAGAAGCAAUGGGGUAAAUCUAUGCUGGAUGAACAUAUUAUUCUGAAUGCAAUUCGAGCCCCUGGGGAAUAAAAUCUGUUUGUCAGUGCCAUCUUCUUAGCUCAGUAUUGUUUCCCAUAAGAUUGUAAACAUUAAGGACCACUUCUUCACAUUAUUUUUUCCCCCUCCAAUUGUAAGUAGGAAAAUAGGUAGUAUUCCACUAGAUUUUGUUUCCUCUUCUAUGAACAUCAUUGUGUUUGUAAAUAAACUUAUUUUAAAAUGGAGAAACUAAAAAAGGUAGAAAAGAUGGAGAACAUCACAUAGAUAGAUUUUUCAUUUAUCAACUGAAUUUAUUUUGGUCACAGAUGCAUGAAACCAGAAACUUGGUGUGAUGGGACUCCCUGAGGACCUCAAAAUUCAAAGAAUAGAUGAUUCCCCUGAUUUUUGUACAGUAAUAUUGCUAGGACACACAUUCCUGUCAUGCAAGACAGACCCUCUUAACAAUGGCAGAAGCCCAGACACAUGAAUGUUUUGAAACAAAGAACAGGAAUCUGGAUGGAUAGAGCUGGAUGUGUAGUUAGUGAUUUCUAAGGUGAAAAGUACACCAGGAAGCCUUUGUGAGGAAGACUCAGAGAAGACCCCUGCCCCUGAUCACCAGCGAGCAGCACACAGGCGCAAAGAGGCAAGACGUAUUAUACACUGUAAUAUUAUGAUGAGUUCUCAGAAUUGUUUAAGCUAGCUCAACUCACCUUUUGUGUAUUCCUAUGUAUAUGUAUGAUUUUGUACUAUAAACAACCAACCAACAGGUGUUUCAAUGUGCAGUUUAGGAGAUAUCCCGCUCGUACCUGGCGCUGUAAAAACAUACCUGCUUCAUAACCUUAUGUGGGUUAUAGAGCUUGAUUCUGCGUGUCACCUGUCUUCUUUAUGAAUGGGCUUGGCCCCAAGUGCCUUCUGAUAGGACAGAUGACACAAAGAACGCUGGCUUGUCACUGCCUUUGUGUGGAUCACACACAACCACAUAAAGAGGGUCACACAGAACCAUUAAUUUUUAAGUAAAGCUGCUCCUUGGAAUCAGUAGUUAAUUGUUUUUUAUUAUUAUUAUUUUUAAUAUUGUGUGUUGAUCUACACUUUAAACGUUCAGUAAGUACAUAUACUGAAUAGGGCAGUACUGUACUCUCUAAUCCAGUGCAGCAGUGAUAUUAGGAGUGUGUUAUUUGGCAGAUUAAUUAUAAGUUCUACUGCUUCCACAAACAGCUUUAUAAUAGGGUUUCUUUUGCUGCUUGAUUAUGUCAUUCAUAUGGAAUUCAUGUCAUUUAACUGUACCUACCUAAGCAUGAGGUCUUGUCUACUUCUAUCAUCUGUGUUCUUUUUGUGGUUAACAGGAGAAACGCAAGUUUUUUAUCUUACACACUUCGGCAAAUUGUCAUUGCAUGCCACUUACAUCUUUGUGAGUUAGUUGGAUUUCUCCCUGAAUGAAAUUAAAAAUUAAAAGUCCUACUGAACAGAAAAUAGAUGAAACAUCCAAAACAGUUCUUAUAUUUUCAAGUUUCUUGUAGAAACAUGAAUUGUCUGUGCUUUCAGUGUAAGGAGAAGAGUCAAGGGACAGAAGAAACAAAUAUUCUCUUUCUUAUAUCACAUAACUCUUACGAACAGGGCACACAGUCAGUGCUAUGCAGUACUCUAUAUCUCUUUUCUUCAUGUCCCAACUACAAAUUUAGGACUUGCUGAGCCCUUACUCUCCUCCACCAUUUUCUCGUCUUGAAGAAACCUAGCACACAUAAUGCUGUACCACAUUCUCAGUGUCUAAGCCCAUAUUUAUCCCUUUUUUUUUUUUUUU